UCGGAUACUAUCAACAGGCGUAAUUAGAAGAAUCGCGCCAGAGCCUCUGGCGGUAACUCUUUGAACUAAUCAUUUCCAUGCUGAAUCAUUCAUUCGAGUAGACGUAGACAGUAAUCGUUUGAUUCGGUUCUGUUUUGACUUGAGCGGUGCUUUUAAUUUGUGUACCGACGAUUGUAUGCGGUCGUUGUGUUGUAAAUUUUGCGGGAGUUACCGCGUUUUUCACCGAUUUUCUCGACUUUUCUGUUACUAUUUUUCCAGUUACCUAUCUGAUAUGAGGCGGUGUUACGUACUCGCAUACAUUUGAAUAUCAAGCGACCCAGCCGUGUAUUUUAAAUCAUUCGUCGUCGAGCUUUUCGUUACUUAUGAUGCGGUUUUUAUUAUUUUAAUUACUCUAAUUAGCGCGUCGGAUAGUUUUUCUUUCAUUUUAGCGGUUUAAAAGUGAAAAAAGUGGCGUAUCGAUUAUAUUUUAUCGAUCUUUAUUAUUUAUUUAUUAAUUUUUACCAAAUUUAUUUCGUGUUUUACUCGUUUUUACGAUUCGGUUUUUACUUUCGUUCGAGUACCUAUACCUACGUAUACUACGAUUACCCAGCUUAACGAUGAAGAAACUGUUAGGUCGUUAAUUUUUUUUCUCAAAUUUAAUUUUAAUUAAAAUUUCGGAAGCGGAAAACUUAUUAAAUAUUGUACACGAGGAGCAAGAAAAAAAAAGUGAAAAAACAGCUGCUCGGUGUGGUGCUUGGUGCGGUGCAGUGUGUUCGAAAAAUCGUUCAACGAUAAUUAAUUAAUGUAGUGAGAAAGUGCAUAAAAAGACGAUAUAGUUCCAAUAUUAUAUUCGUAUAAUCGAGUGAAAAAAUCAUGUUUCAAACCUUCGAAUAAGUAUAUAAUAUUUAUUCUGCGGGUAAAUGGUGCGCGUUUUUUUCGUUUCGGAUUACUUUAUUAACCGGUUUAUCGUCUUGUUAACAUUCUGAUAUCGUGUUUGUCCAAAUGUUGUUAAUUGUCGAUGGAAUAUAAAAGACAUAAAAGGGAUCACGACUAAUCGUACCUAUGUGGUGUGAUGAAGAUUAAGAAGACGACUAGGAAGGAAGUUCCAGUAUCGUAUUAGAAACAGAUACUUACGUAUAGGCUCGCAUCUGUAGAGAUUUUUUUGCCAUCGAAACCGUUUUUGACGAAUAUGUUACGAUGUUGAUUAUGGAGAGUAGAUCUAAUGCGAAUCUGAAAAGGCACGAUUAUACCACCAGCAGUAGCAAUAAUAAUAAUAAUAACAAUAACGUCGAUAAAUUAUCCGACAACAAUAUCGAUGUAUCGAAGAAAACGAUGAAGAAAUACCAUUCUUGGCACGAUCAUGUUUACGGAAAUCCGCCGAAAACGCCGACUCCUCAUUUGAUAGCCGAUAUAUUAGGAUGGAAUUGCGGCGAAAAGGUGGAUUCCGAUGAGCCUCUUAAUUUAACGACAAGAGACAGAUCGCCGGAUGAUGGCAUAACCAGUUUGGUCGAACCAGUUUCACUAAAUGGUGACUCUAAUUCGUCGAGGGAGUGUCGCACGCCCAGGCGUGAUUCACCCAUUAAGUCCAAUACGAAUACUAUCGAGACCGGCAAACAGCUUUCUAGAAAAAAUGCAGCCGUAAAAGAUUACAAUUCGAAAAAACGUUGCAAAAAGUCCACUCCAACGAAAUCACUCACGAGUCUGAAUAGUCACAACACGAUACCCACACCUCCACCAGUAUUAUCAACAUCUGGUAUACCUGCAUCUACCCCCUCGCCCACCGAUUCGGCUCCAUUGCAACAUUCUCUGGUGGCCGGAAAUUUCGCCGAAAGUGAUGGACAUUCCUCAGAUAGCGAACGAAAACGUAAAAAAGCCCGAACCACGUUUACCGGUAGGCAAAUAUUCGAGUUAGAAAAACAAUUUGAACUGAAGAAAUAUUUAUCUUCGUCGGAAAGGUCCGAAAUGGCUAAAAUGUUAGGCGUCACGGAGACACAGGUUAAAAUAUGGUUCCAAAACCGGCGAACAAAAUGGAAAAAAUACGAUACUGUUAAUCAAGCCGAUUCCAGCGUCGAUAAAGUGGUAAAAUCCGAGCCCGGAAGUGUUAAAAAAUCUGGAUUCGGUAGUAGCGGUGAUGAUCAUUCUUCGAUGGAUGGCUCCGAAUGUUAUUUUAGCGAUGGCUCGAAACCAGGCCGGUCACGUUCGCCGGAUUCGAUGCGAAUAGAUGAUUCGCCUUCGCCUGUCUCAACGACUACUACCCCUUUGGAUGUUCCUAACAUGGGCAGUACUCAUAAUUUGUCUACUACCAAUUCCUGCGCUAGUCCACCAGUUAAUUCAUCUUCCAUGUUACCUAGUCCCGGCUAAUUUCUACUUAAGAUAAUUUUGAUCUCAUUUUUUUUUCUCGUUUCUUAACAAAUAAAAAUCGUCUUUGUAUCGAAUUUAUGCAUUUCGCCCUCCGAUUUACUACUUGUUGAUACCUACCUACUUAAUAGUUUUCUAUAAUGUUAAUGUAAUUCAUCGCUCGUGUGUCUCGAUUGUAGAUGGGGCUAUAUGGACAAAAAUCGCCUGUAUUCUUAUCAUGAUGCAAUGUGGGAAAUAUAGUAUAGGCGUCUAUACGAAUAUGUUUUAAUUUCAAAACCGAGUAUCUUUCAUGUUUGUAUUGCUUCAUUUUCAUUUUCGUAGUUUUUUUUUUAACUACUUAUAAAAGUAAAUUGUGCGCUGGUCUAUGUGCCUACCUACCUAGUACUUACCUACCUCUGUUACAGCAAUCAAAUAAUUUUUGUUAAAAAUAAUGUUUGUUGUGACUGAGGAAGAACUGUUGAACUAUCUGCUUAACUCAUAAAUUGAAUCGUUUAAAAUGCUUCAAUAUUCCAGCUGAUGCGAUUUGUCAAUUUCAAUUGUUCAAUUCUUUCAUUACAAAAAUAUUACAAAACGGAUUAGCCUAAUGUAUGAUGCAAAAUUUGUCCAUGCAUAAUAUCAAUUUAAUUCCUUAGGUACUUUUAUUGGCUAUUAUUAAUGGAACGAACGAAGCUCAAAGUAAAAACAAUUUAUCUUAAUGUGAAGUGGAAAAAUUUUUGGGUCUUCGAUUCUUACUCAAAGUGCAAAACUGAGAGCAUUUUUGCACUUGAGCAAAAUUAAAGACUUAAGAAACUGUUCACUUCACCGCAAUGUAAGUUAAUUUCAAAAUCGAAUACUGAAAUAAAAAUACUUAAUAUUGACGUGAAAGAAACAUUUUCGCGAAAAAUAAAGCACUGAUUAUUAAUAAUCUUGUUCGUCAACUUUUUAUAUAACAUAUUUUUGUACGUUUUUUCUAUACUUACGUUUGUUAGACAGAUAUUGCAUGCGAUUUUAAUGUUACCCUCUGAUUGUAACUUCUACGUGUGGUGUGCCUCAUUAGUGUGAAAUUUCCAUAUCAAUAUUUUGUCAUUAUUAUCAUUAAAAAUUGUGUUUCGAUCGUUUGUGACAAAGAGAAAAUAAUUUUCAAUUAAGUCGAUACUUUACUUUACACCUAUUAAAUUUUAUAUGUACCCGAUCGAAAUGCUUCAAAUACGUACCUUAUCUAUAGUACAUCUAUCUACCAACCUACUUUUUUCAACGUAAAAUGUAUCGUAUUUUUAUUUAAAAGGCGAUAUAUUAUUCGCUGCUGAAAUUAUCUCCGAGACACAUAAAUUCAUUACCUACUCGCGGCUAGAAAUAGGUAUAAAUUGUUGAAUUGAAGUUUCGCAAAUAUGAAAAUUAUAUGUUAUUUUGUUACCCUUUCUAGUGUUUCUACAGCAGUCAGUCAUAGAUAGCUUAUUUUCAAUCUCGAAGUAUGUAUAUCUUUGAACUCCAUUAUUUUUGUUGCUUUUUCAUGUGUUUUUUUAUGUACCUACUCGUAAGUUUUUAUUUUUAAUACGAAAUAAACGUUGCAUUCUUUUAUAA